GGCAGCGAGCACACCGCCCUCUUCGCCCUCCGCCCGUGCGCCGACUUGCCCGCGCAGAGCCUCGGCACGGUGGUGGCGAGCUGGUCGCGCGCCCCGCUCGAACCCGGCGCCGAGCCGUCCACCGACGGAGGGGCGGAGGGGUCGGGGACGGAGCCGGCGGCCGCUCUGGCGCCGGAGCGUUCUGCGCGUCUCGCCUCGCCCGCCGCCGCCGCCUUGCCGCUGCCUCCGCGCGAGGCGCUGCCGUUUGCGCCGCCGGCGUCCAGCACCGAGGCGGCGCUUCCGGCGGUGGCGGUGGAGCCGGUCGAGUUUGAUCUGGCGCUGACGGUGCCGAGUGAGGGGCGGCUCGGCGCGCUCCUGCAGCUCCAGCUGUCGAUCACCAACCGCACGGACGCGCUGCACACGUUCCGCCUAUCCUUUUCGGAGAACGAGGCCUUCCUCUUUAGCGGCUUCAAGCUGCAGCAGUUCCAGCUGCCGCCCGGCUUUGGGCACACCGCAAAGUUCAACCUCGUCCCCAUCCUGUCUGGCCCGGCGCAGCUGCCGCCGCUCCGGCUCCUAUGCACACGCCCGCCACCGUCUGCCGGGCCGCCUCGCGUGCCAAACCCCCUCUGA